AUGGCCGCCGCUACGCUCUGGCUCACACGCAUGAGCGCCGCCGAUAAGAUCGGCCAAAUGACGCAGUUGGAUAUCUCCAUGGUGCUCGCAGACGGCUGUCCGCUGCGCAUCGACGACGCGAAGCUGCGCAGGCAGCUUCGCGUCCACCGGCUGGGGUCGCUGCUCAACUCUCCCUUCUCCGGCACCGAUCCGCGAUGCGGGUCGUCGGGCUGGAACGCCUCGGAGUGGCGCGCCUCUGUCGAGCACGUCCAGGCGGCCGCCGCCGACGAGGGUCUGCCUCCUCUCAUCUACGGCAUCGACUCGGUCCACGGCGCGUCGUACUGCCGCGGCGCAACCCUGCUGCCGCAGCAGCUCGGCCUCGCCGCGUCCUUCGACGAGUCGCUCGCCGCCGCCUCCGGCUGGCUCACCGGCAAGGACAGCCGCGCCGCGGCGACGCCGUGGAUGUUUGCCCCCAUCCUCGGCGUCGCGACGCACCCGCUCUGGCCGCGCGUGUACGAGACGUUUGGCGAGGACCCGCUGCUGGUCGCGAGGAUGGGCGCGGCGGUGGUGGAGGGGAUGCAGCGGCGCGGCGGCGAGGGCGAGAUCCCGGCGCGUGCGGCGGCGUGCAUGAAGCACUUUGUGGGCUACUCGGCGCCGCGGAACGGGCACGACCGCGAGGGCGCGUGGCUGUCUCGGCGCGAGCUGGAGCAGACCUACCUGCCGCCCUUCCAGGCCGCGGUGGACGCCGGCGUACAGAGCGCGAUGGAGAGCUACCAGGAGGUGAACGGCGAGCCCGUGGUUGGCUCGGCGGCGCUGCUGCAGGGGCUGCUGCGCGAGCGGUUGGGCUUCGAAGGGCUGCUGGUGACGGACUGGCACGAGGUCGGCAACCUGCACGACUUCCACCGCGUGGCGCGCUCGCCGGAGGAGGCGGUGCUUCUCGCCAUCGGCGGCUCGAGCUCGCUCGACAUGUCGAUGGUGCCCACCGACGAGUCCUUCUCUCCUCCUCGCCAGUUGACCCGCUCACACUGCGAUGGCAAUGACCACAGCGCCUCGGACGCCGCACUUGCCCACGAGGCUGCGCGCGCCACCGUCACGCUGCUCAAGAAUGCGCCGCCGUGCGAGGCCGAAGGCGGCGCGGCGGUCGGUGUGGAGGAGUGCGACGCGUACCUCGGCGAGGGGGGGGGCGGGUGCGGCUGGACGGAGCGGUGGCGGUGCCCGCCUACAGACCCGGGCCAAGGCGACGUCGCUGCCGACGACGGCACCACGGGCCCCGCUGCCGACUCGCUGGGCCGCCUCUCUGGCGGCUGGACGGCGCACUGGCAAGGAACGCUCGCCGACGACGAGAUCCGGGGCAGCCGGCCGGGCGCGGCCACGCCGACGCUGCUCGAGGCUCUGCGCGCUGUCGACGGCUGGGAGGUGGACCACCUCCCCGGCUGCUCGCUCCCCGGCACCGCCUUUGCCGUUCGGUCGUCGUGCGCGCAGACCAACUCGUCGGCCGAGCUAAUCGCUGCUGCGGCGGCCGCCGACGUCGUGGUCGCUUGCUUGGGCGAGGACCCGCACACAGAGAAGCCAGGCGACCUAGACGACCUCUCGCUCGACGCCGGUCAGAUCGACCUCGUGCGCGUCCUCGCCUCCGCCGGCAAACCCAUCGCGCUCGUGUUGGUCACCGGCCGGCCGCGCCUCUUGCACGGCGUCGAGGCGCUGCCGCAGGUCAACGCGGUCCUCCAGUCCUUCCUGCCGGGCCCGCACGGCGGCGCCGCGCUCGCCGACGCGCUGGUUGGCCGCUUCGAGCCGUCAGGCCGGCUUCCAAUCUCGCACGCCGUCACGCAGCAGUGCGACGGCUCGCGCACUUGCCUCUCCUACUCGCGGCUGCAGUACGGCCCCCUCCUCCUCUCCUCGGGCGCCCUCCCGCGAACCGGCGCGGUCAACGCGUCGGUGGCUGUCUCGAACCCUUCCUCACUCGCGCUCAACCACACGGUGCUUCUCUUUGCCGCCGCCGACUUCCGGCGGGUCGUGCCGGAGGCGCAGCAGCUCAAGGCUUUCCGCCGCGUGCUGCUGCCGGCAGGCUCGAGCGUCGAGGUCUCCUUCACGCUGCGCGCGGACGACUUUCGGUACUGGGGCCUCGAGGAGCGGUGGGUGGUCGAGAGCGGAGACGUCUCGCUUUGGUGCGACCCGCUGCUACGACCAAAGGGGCCUCUGGCCGCCCUCGGCGCGGUGACCCGGCGGCGCGCGUCCGAGGGCGGCGGGAUGGCGGCGGCGCGUGCUCGACUAUACGUCGAGGGCGACUGCCGCGGGGCGGGCUGCGGGGCGGAGGGGUGGUGGGAGCGCGACGCGUCGGGCGAGAGGUAUGAGAUCGGCAAGUACAUCGCUCACGUGCCCGGCCCUUCCCCCGCGGGCGUGAUCGCGACCACGUUCCUCGCGGGCUGGCUGGUGGGUCUGAUUUGCGCCGGCGGCGUGUGGGCAUGCGCGCGUCGAGGCCAGGCGAGCGGACGCGGCCUCGGCGAGGUGGGUAAGGGCGGUGGCGGCAGCUCCAGCUCCUUGGUGAACACCUCCUGGUCGACGACGCUCACGCAGCGAGGCGGGGAGUUUGGGAGCCAGGCUUGCAUGCUGGGGGCGGGCUUCAAGCAGAGCCACAGCAUCGGCAGCUCGAUGGGCAGCGCGAUGGACGCGGCGUUCCGCCGGACGUGUUCGAGCGGCAUCGCACUAGGCGCGUUGGCGCAGUCGGGCAGCGGCGCCUCGCUGUCAAGCGUUGCCGAAUACGGGCGCCCAGCCUCUAUUUCGGGUCUCCGCACCGAGUCCAAUCUCAACAAUCGCGGCGACGAUCAUGAGGCCGAGUUGCAUUGUCCGCCCGAACUCCGAAUAGACGAAGACAAGUGUUUGUGA